UGCGUAGGAUAGGUUUAGAAAUACUUCGUUCUAGUAGCGGAAAAUUGGGAAAUUUUGAAAGUUGAAAAGUUGAAGAGUUGGACCGAACUUGUGAAUGCACUGCCUAUGAAAACACAAGUGUCCUAAAUAUUAUUGUAUAGGAAAUGAAAAUAUACUUGUGAGGGUAAUGGAGCAAUGUCUGCAAUUGUUGAUUUGAUUAUUCAACUUAAACAUUUUCAGCACUUUAUCUAAUCUGCCAAGCCCAAUUCAAACACAUUCCCAAGACCAAGAUUUUGUUAUAAGAAAAUUGUCCACACUACCUAUCCUAGAUCCUUUUCUUAGAAUAUGAUUUCCAUCCCAAAAUAUUUGAAAUGAAAUGAGCAAAAUUAACUCACUUUUCGUUGUUUGAGUUCUGAUUCAUGAAUUUUCUUUUAUUGUUCUUCUCAAUCAACAGGUCUGAAUCAAAGCUUAUCGAAGAAAUUGUUGAGAAAAUUUUUGAUUAUUUAAAUGUGUAUUCAAGUGUUGAUGAAGGCCUAGUUGGAAUGGAUUCUCAUAUGGAGGAAUUGAUAAAAUUGCUAGGUUUAGGGAAUGAUAAUGCUCGUAUCGUUGGGAUAUGGGGAAUGGGUGGAAUAGGUAAGACAACUAUUGCUCAAGUUGUUUAUGACCAUAUCUCUUGGCAAUUCGAUGGUUGCUGCUUCAUUGAGAAUGUUAGAGCUGUUUCAAAAGAACGUGGUAUAACGUUUCUUCAAGAACAACUCGUUUCUAAAAUCUUGAUAGAGAAAGAUCGAAAAGUAAGCAGCAUCAGUAGUGGAAAAAGUAUGAUAAAGAGAAUUAUAAGUCGUAAAAAGGUUCUCAUUGUUCUUGAUGACGUGGAUGAAUCGAUAGACUUGGAAAACCUGCUUGGAGAGCAUGAUUGGUUCAGUUCUGGAAGUAAAAUCAUUAUAACAACUAUAGAUUUGCAUGUGUUAAACACAUGUGGCACAACACAUACAUAUAAGGUUCAUGAAUUAAAAAAAGAUGAAGCUGUUAAACUCCUUAUAUCGAAAGCCUUUAGAAAAGACAAGCAAAUAGGAGGUUAUGGAAACCUCCUAGAUCGUGCAGUGGAGUACUGUAAAGGAGUUCCUUUAGCUCUCAAAGUUUUGGGUUCUUUUCUUCAUGAUCGAAAAGAAAUUUACUGGGAAAGUGCUUUAAAAAGAUUAGAACGAAGUCCUCUUCCAGGAGUUGAAGAAGUACUCAAAAUAAGUUACGAUGCAUUGGGUUGGGAAGAUAAGGAAAUAUUCCUAGAUAUUGCAUUUUUUUUCAAACAGAAAUACAUAAAUGAUGCAACAAAAAUCCUAGAAAGUUUUGGCUUCCAACCCACUAUCGCAAUAGAGCUUCUAGUUGAAAAGUCACUGAUAAUUAUUUCACACGGUAGGCUGUUUAUGCAUGAUUUGAUACAAGAAAUGGGGAGAAAUAUUGUUCGCCAAGAAUCACCUAAAGAGCCUGGACAACGCUGUAGGUUGUGGCUUUAUGAAGAUAUAAAACAUGUACUGAUGAAUGAUACGGGAACAGAAAAGCUGGAAGGCAUAGUUAUGAAGUAUCCUGACCUAGGAAAUCGUGAUCCAAAGGAUUUUGGGUUUCCAGAAGAGUUGAAGUUGAGCGGUAACGCUUUUGCAAAGAUGAGGAGCCUAAGAAUUCUCAUAAUUCAUUGUUUUCUCCGUUCUAAAGACCUCAAAUAUCUUCCUAACAAUUUAAGAAUUAUAUUUCCUGGAAGUGACAUCCCGAAGUGGUUCAACCAUCAAAGUAAUAAUGAGUCUCCAGUAUGUUUGAAGUUUAAUAGCAGGUUCUUGGGAAUUGCUAUUUCUCUUGUUGCAAUCGGAGAAGAGGAUGUAUUGGAUCCUCUUUGUUUUAAUAUGAGGCAUAAGACCGUACUUUUUACUUCAUGGACGACAAAAUGCCCUUCUAUUCAAUCUGAAAAUGUAGGAGUGAUCUACUUGACACUCCGAAAUGAAUUAUUAGAUUCAAUGGUGGAGAAUUUAAAUGAGGGUGAAGAAUUUAAAGUUGAAUGGGAUUGUAAGGAAAUUGUUAAAAAAUGUGGGGUUCGUUUGGUUUACAAAGAAGAUUUUGAAAGGAAUGAUCAUCAAGCAUCCCAAGAUGACAAUUUGAUUGUUGUGUCCCAAGGAGUUGAAAAUGCUAAUAACGCUCCAUUAAAGAGAAUGCCUAGUGGAAGUGGCGACUUUCAGGAAGAGGACUGUCCCAAUAUCAAAAGGCCUAGGCUUGCCCAACCUAACAGAGUGGGAGCAUGGAAGAAGAGGAAGUUACCUAAUAGGAAGAAGAUGAAGCUGAUGUGGAUGUCUAGGUGGCACAAACAGGUGAUGUGGAUCAAAAGCAACCAAUCACGCAGAAGGACGGUGGUCUAGUCAACCGCUACGGGUCAUAUGUGAAUUUGAUUUCAA